UAGCUUUAGCAGCUAACGCUCAUAAACAAACAUGUUUAAUGUUAAAUGUUUGUAAAGUCGUAGAUGUUCAUGAAGAAAUGAUCUAAUGAAGGACGUGUUUUUAAAGACAGGUGGUUGUAAGUGCAUACAACGUGACAUGAUGGACAGUUAACAACAUUCUCAUGUAAAGCUGAUUUAAACUGCGAUUAGUUGAAUUGAAUUAAAUUUGUUUAUUGUCAUUGAAACAAGUACAACGACAUUAAGUGCAGUCAUUUCAGUGCAAAUAGAGCUUGAUAAAUAGUAAAAAAAAAAAGGAAAAAAAAGGCACGUCCAGUUGAUUAUUUAGUCAGAUGAGUUAAUGAGUUAAUGUCAAAGUGUCUCAGAAAACAAACCUGAAAUGUCCCUAAGAAUCCCCCCGACCCACAAAAACACACCUGACGUGAAGCAAAGACGCACAACAACACACACAAAAACACAAAGACACGAGUGCUGGUGGUGUGUAAGUGUGAUGGAGGGCGAUGGGGAGGCCGAGGUCAGUGUAGUGUGACUGUGACAGACUGAUGCACUUGAGAAUAUCACCUCAGUGCAGGCGGUAUGUAAAGCAGAUGAGGUUCCUGUGUGUGUGUUGAGGAUUUUAUGUCACAAGCGAGUGAAGAGAGCAGCCGUGAAGACGUUGAACCCAUGGGCCUGAAAAAUUCCCACCCCAAGUUGUUCCCGGGAGACAUCGUGGAGUAUCCCAGGAACAAGUUCUUCUCUCAUUUCGCCAUCUACUACGGAGAGAGAGACGGCGUUCCCUACGUCGCUCACCUGACCUGCCGAGAUUCAGACACCAAGCUGCUGCUGUACGGUCGAGCUCUGAGGUCAGAGGUCAAACUGGAUCCCCUGGAGAUGCUGGGGACAAAGUACAAGGUCAACAACAUGUUUGACGAGGUGCACCCCGCCAGAGACUUCCACAACGUGGUGAAGCGAUCGAUCGACGACAUGAUGGGCCGCGAGGUGACGUUCGACAUCCUGUUUCACAACAGCGAGCACCAGGCGACGCUCUUCAGAUACGGAGUCAAGAAAUCUGAACAGAUAGACAAGAUUUAUGAGCACAUCAUGCCGGCCUGGAAGAAGCUGUUUGAAGAGAAAAAACUGUAAAAACUACUUAAUGUUCAGUUCUCGUCUCAGCCACUGGAGGGCGACGUCGCUCCUCCUGGUGCGCUCUCUUCUGACGGAGAGCUGUCAAAUAUGAUAAUCAUUCGAAAAAUAAAGUUGUUAGAUCACAAAAAAAGUUUGGAUAAAAAUGUUGUAUUUGGACCAACAGAUUAGACACAAACACAUUAUUAUUAUUAUUAUUAUUAUUAUUAUUAUUAUUAUAUAAAUGUUUGUAAUCUCAAAUUUCAUGUACUGCAAAAAUGGAAUACAAGCUGCAGGUUGUUAGCACCUAUGCUAAUUAUUUAAAUCAGGGGAUUCAAACAACAACGCAGGCCAGUAACUACUUAAUAUCUGAUUAAUUUUACAAAAGAAAUCAGUCUUUAUAAAUCUUUUAUCAAAAGGUUUCCAGAUUAACUCCUGCUGGUUUCAUUUAUUUCAGUUUUCAUGUUUAAUGUUAAAACAUUUUUGUUCAUCAUUUAUCAUCUCGCUAUCUGGAUUUUCUGAUUUGUUUUGUUGCUUUAACUUAAAUGAACCAACAGAUCUUUGUCAGAUCUUCACUUUAUAAAUAAAGUUAUUUGAAACGUUCA